AGAGGCUGCUAGUGCUGACCUGGUACUGACCAUGAGGACAGAUGUGGAUCCACGCCUGACCCUGUAGACGUUUCCAAUAUUCGACAGGAGGGGGUUAGAUCUGAAUUGCGAACAUUUUGCGUGGUGCUAUCGCGAUCUCGGUUCUCUACCCUGCAGACUUGCAAUUGGUCCAUAUUUUGUGAUUUGCAUGAGCCACCAUCUGCCCACAACAAACGAACCUCAUACAAUUUCCUUCUCUUACCUUUUCCCGCAUCUCAAGACUCACCGUGACAAUGCCUUUCGUUGAACUUGAUACCGCGGUCGAUGGACCGGUGAAGAUGAAUUAUCACAUCUCUACACCAACAGAAACUUCAGCGGAAACCAUCGACCCUACUCGCCCAACGAUCCUUUUCAUACAUGGCGUCUUUCUAGCCCAGGAAACCUUUAUAGCGCAGUUCAAUGACGUCCAUCUUCGACGAUUCAACUUGAUUGGGUUAGACUUAAGAUCUUAUGGAUACACAGUGUCCACAGUUCCAGAUGACUACGGUCCUAAGAUAGCGGCGCAGGAUGUUUUCUUGUUCAUGAAUGCAUUGCAGCUUCCGCCUUGUCACAUAUUCGGUCUAUCCAUGGGAACAAUUGUUGCCUUACAGCUUGCUAUCGACUAUCCAGACAAGGUUUUAUCGUUGUUCUUAAUAUCGCCCUUAGUUCUUGCGGAGCCUGAAGAAGUGGCGGAAGGGCGACGAACAGCGUGCGAAGCAUGGGUGGACGGCUGUACUGCUGAAGAGCCCGACGAAGAACUGAUGUUCUGGGGAGUCUCGGGCGGUCUAGAGCUUGUUUGCAAAGACCGUCACAGUAGUAUCAUGGAGGCCUUGGUAUCCAACGUCAUGGUGCAAGUAGCUAUCAAUUGGAACAAAGAUCACAUACGGGAAUAUCGUAUGACAACACUCAACUUUAUCAUCGACAGUAAAGCCCGCACAAGAGAAGAAUUGUCCAAAAUCAAAGUUCCCGUCAAACUUGUGCACUGUUUGGGCGACGUCGCAUAUUCUUUGGAUUACGCCACAGAAUGUUGGAAUCUACUCAAAGAAGCUGGUGUUGACGCAUCCCUUGAAGCCAUUCCUGAAGCCUCUCAUUUCGGUUGUUGCGAGGAUGCACAUCAAAUAAACCCGAUUUUUCACGAUUUUAUCAUGGCGAAUACGAAAAUAGAGGUACCGGCCGGAGUGGAGGGCGUUAGUUCACCCUGGAAUGAAAUUCUGAAUUGGCGCCAUAUUCAAAAUGAUUCGGACGAUGAAUUGAUAGUUCAUUAACACUUUACAGAAAGCUGAGUAGCUUUAUCAGACAAACUAGUUCUUCGGACAUAAAAGUCAGCCUCUAUAUUUGGACCUAUAUACCU